GAGAGAGCAGAGUUGGUGUUCGAUGCAGAAGCGACAGCAACAGUUAGGACUUCAGGUUUUCUUGUAUUUCUGAUCACUUUGUACGAACUAAAACUCACAGCUGUGGGAAGAACUGAUACGCGACCACAAUGACUAUGAUUAGCAUACCGUAGAUCACUACAUGGGAAUAGAGUGGCCGAUAUACUACAUAUGGUACAUGGUAAGCAUGUGCCAGAGAAAGGUCGACCACAGGGAUGUGACCAGCGAUGGAGGUAGAGGGGUUGUUCCUGUAUAGGUAAAGAUGACGCUGCUGGCAGGUGAUGGCUCGGACUACGACUACAGCGCUCUGAGCUGUGCCUCUGAUGCCUCCCUCCUCCUCCUCCCUCAACCCCCGCCCCUGUCAGAGCAGGAGGCCCUCAAGGGGGCCUACUACAAACGAGCCCAAUUACUUCCCGAGGACCCAGACCACCUCCUCACCAAUGCUACCUCGCUCUUCGCUACCCAUAAACUCCACGUCAUCAUCAACGUGGGUGGGCUGCGUUAUCAACUACCCUGGACCACCUUGGAGGACUUCCCCCUGUCCCGACUGGGCCAGCUGCGCCUCUGCAGCAGCUUCGACGAGAUCAUGUGCGUCUGCGAUGAUUAUGACAUCGCUCAAAACGAGUUCUUCUUCGACCGCUCGCCCUGUGCCUUCCGCACCAUCCUGACUUUCCUGCGGGCUGGGAAGCUGCGGUCCCUCAGGGAGAUGUGUGCCCUCUCCUUCAGGGAGGAGCUGCACUACUGGGGGGUCCCUGAAGAGAACCUGGAGUGGUGCUGCCGUCGCCGCCUUAUCCAGCGGGUGGAUGAGUGUGACGAGUUGGAACGGGCUGCCCAGGAGGACGAGGAGGAGGAGCUGAUGAUGGACACGGACAGCGGGCACCGUAGGGGUUCCACCGCCCUGGCUACGGAGACCCGGAUGGGACAUUGUAUGAACAAGCUGAGGGACAUGGUGGAGCGGCCCCACUCGGGCCUGCCAGGAAAGAUCUUUGCCUGCCUGUCGGUGCUGUUUGUCACCAUCACAGCUGUCAACCUGUCCAUCAGUACCAUGCCGGCUAUGAGAGAGGAGGAGGAGCAAGGCAAGUGCUCCCAGAUGUGCUACAACAUCUUCAUUGUGGAGACGGUGUGUGUGGGCUGGUUCUCCCUAGAAUUCACCCUGCGCUUCAUCCAGGACCGAGACAAACUAGCCUUCCUGAGGCGCCCUCUGAACCUCAUAGACGUGGUGGCAAUCCUGCCCUACUACAUCACCCUGGUCGUGGAUAGCUACCAGGGGGAGAAGAAGCUGGGUUCGGGAAGUAGUUACCUGGAUAAGGUGGGCCUUGUGCUCCGUAUCCUCCGCGCCCUGAGGAUCCUAUAUGUGAUGCGACUGGCCCGUCACUCCUUGGGCCUGCAGACUCUGGGGCUGACGGCGCGGCGCUGCACACGGGAGUUUGGGUUGCUCCUCCUCUUCCUCUGUGUGGCCAUUGCCCUCUUCUCCCCGCUGCUCUACCUCAUCGAGAACGAGAUGGCCGCCACCCACGAGUUCAGCAGUAUCCCCGCCACCUACUGGUGGGCUGUCAUUACCAUGACAACGGUGGGCUACGGGGACAUGGUUCCGAGGAGCAUCCCGGGUCAGGUGGUGGCGCUAAGCAGUAUCCUGAGCGGGAUUCUUCUCAUGGCGUUCCCAGUCACCUCCAUCUUUCAUACAUUCUCCCGGUCCUACGUGGAACUGAAGCAGGAGCAGCAGAGGCUACUGCAAAGACGGACACACUUCCUGUUACGCAGGAGGAUGGGUGGGCUGGGAAGUAACAUGUCGCUGGAGAGUGACUACCCCAGCUGCGGCUCCACUAAGACCAGGGACCGGGAUGACUGAAGAGGAGGAGGAGGAGCAGGAGGAGCAGUAGGAGAAGCAGUAAGUGGAGGAGGGAGAAUUAAAGGACACAAAGCACAGAGGGAAUAAAACAAAAGAGGGGUUAGGACUUGUCAACUUCAUCUGUGAACAGCGACCUAAAUGACUGUGGAUGAUGAGAGAAAGAAAUCAAGGACACAAAGCACAGAGACUACGGAGAGAAAAUCUGAGAGAGAAACAAAUAAGGGUUAAGAGGACCUGGCAAUGCUCUGCUAAAAAUGUUUUAGUUUAUUAUUCUUCUCUGGACGAUGUCAUCUCUGUCUGCCAUUAUGCGGUAAUAGAGGCCAGAAAUAUUCCCAUAAACCAGAAGAUCUGCACAAUAACAGAAAGAAGAUUGUAAUGAAUCCUAUUAGAUCAUUGACAUUUUGCUGUAUAACAGUACAUUAUAUUCCAUAAAUGCAUAAAUCCAAAAUAACCUACAGUAUAAGCUAUAUGUAAUAUGUGAUUGAUUUCUUCUUCAUUUUUGUGUCUCAAUUGUGAAGAGUCCAGUCCAUAACCAUAUUUCUUAAGAGUUAGGUAUAUUGGAGGUGUAUUGGUGCUCAGCACUGUUAGGGGUUGCAUAUGCAAUUUAUGUAUGAAACAUUGAAGAAACAUGUAUAUGUCCGUAGUUGUUGUGUACUCCGUGUCUUGAAAAUGUAUUUCUAAAUAAUGCUGUCGGUUGCUAUAUAUUUACAACUGAACUGAAGCUGAUCUGCCUCAUGAUUGCUUGGACUUAUUUGUAAUUUCACUGACUUUGUUGCUAUUUCCCAAACAAUUAUACGUCUAUUGGGUCCUACUAAUCACCCCAAACAACCCAAAAGUACCAACAAGUACCUAAAAGUACCCAAAAUAACCCAAUAAUAGCAAAAAGAACCCAAAAGUACCCAGGAGAAUAACAAAAAACCCUAAUCAGGUACCCAAAAUAACUCCAAACAGAAGUGGAGGCUGGUGUAAGGAGCUAUAGGAGGACAGUCUCCCACAUUGUAAUGUGGUUUCUAUAUAUUUGAUGUGUUUGAUACCGUUCCAUUAUUCCAUUCCAGGCAUUACAAUGAACCCGUCCUCCUAUAGAUCCUCCCACCUGCCUCCUCUGCCAACCCGGUACCAAAAGAACCCAUAAACAAACCCAAACAGUUACUCAAAUGAUCAGUUCAGGUUCACGUUUCAGGUGUUACGCUACAUGCUAGUCAUAACUAGGAAACUCUGAAAUGUCUGACUUGCUGAUUUGUUGAAUGCGGCACGUCUAUAACUACAAUCAAUUAGGAUCUUUUGGGUUCUUUUGGUACCCGGUUUGGCAGAAGAGGCAUGUGGGAGGAUCUAUAGGAAGAUGGGCGCGUUCACUUUUGUCAAGAUAGUGACCAACGAUGGUCACCAACUUUCAAAGUGUGUUGCAAUAUGGGCAUAAAAAUUGUCCGACUACAUCGGCUGCAUGACCUUUACAGCAAUCAUACGAUCAAAGGUCAUGAACUUUGACUGCAGUCAACUGAAGAUUUCUCAGCAACUGAAACUUGAAUUCGAAACCAAAGCAUUGUGUGAGAUGAGCCUCUUCAAUUUGUUUUGAUGUUGCCACCUAUCAUUGGUUAUUAUCAAUGCAUGUUUACUGUUUUUGGGUGGAAGACUAUUUAGAGCAUAAAUACAUCUUUAUCUUUACAUCCUAACAAUCUAAUUACAUAGGCCUACAUGUGAUCCACGUUUCUAACAUAGAUAAAUGAAAUAUCCAACUAGAUGCUACUGUAACGUUGUGUCCCAUGUUAUAUCCGGCAAUUUAUUUGUUCAGUCUGUAAUAUUGUUGUCACCAAACAAAUGCAAAUGUGUUGAUUGUCUAUUAAGUGUGAAUAAAAUGUAAUACAUAUUGUAAGCUACACAUGAGGCUUAAUCUGUGUCCGGGAAACCAGCCCUUAAUGAGCAAGUAUCCCAGACGCCAGUCGCGGGGUCAGUACCAACUGCGUUUGACUGCUUGGCAUGUUGUUAGGCAUAUUGUUUGCCAAGUAAUUUAUGUGAACUGAUGUACAUGUAUAGUCUAAUCCUGUUCAUAGUGUUUACCCAGUAUGUGAACUGAUAUACAUGUAAAUUAUUCCUUUUCUGUACAGUGAGUGUUUUGUCCUUCAUGCGCUUGAAUCAAAUUCUGUUAUUUACAUGCUGACAAAAGCAACAUAAAGGUUGAGAAUUAAAGAAAUUAC